UCGACUGACUGUCAAUGUUAAGGCCAACGACGAAUCCAGUCGUGGUUGUUUAUUAUAUUUCUUGAUCUUGUAUUUUCCAAGUACCUAAUGCGUUUUAAACAGUUUCACUCUAAUUCUGACUAACAUUAAAUAAGAAUCAAAAUGACUACAAAUGUUAGAGCUUCUGUAUCGCAAAUAUUGCGCAAUAAGGACGACGUUGGUGACGAUGAAGAUGAGCCUAAAAAGAAGUCCAGAGAAGACUGGAGGAAGGCCAAAGAGCUGGAAGAGGCUCGGAAGGCUGGUACAGCACCCGCUGCGGUCGACGAAACAGGCAAGGACAUAAACCCUCACAUACCACAAUACAUAUCUUCGGCGCCAUGGUAUUACGGUACGAGUGGGCCCACACUGAAGCAUCAGAGGCCACAGGAAGACAGAGAGGGCAAGUUCACCAGACUUGACACUUAUUACCAUAAGGGAGUUGACGUGACCAAAGUAGCAACCAAGUUUCGGAAGGGUGCGUGUGAGAAUUGUGGGGCUAUGACACACAAAAAGAAAGAUUGUUUGGAGAGACCUAGAAAGAUCGGAGCGAAGUUUUCAAAUGCUGGGAUAGCAGCAGACGAGUUCCAACAGCCCAACCUGAAUCUCAGCUACGAUGGCAAGCGGGACAGGUGGAACGGUUAUGAUCCAUCAGAGCACAAAGCGAUUAUUGAAGAGUAUCAGAAGGUGGAGGACGCGAAGAGGGAGUUGAGGGCACAGAAAUUGGAACAAGAUCCAUCAGCAAUGGAAGACGAGGAUUUAGCGGAGGAAGACGAAGACAAAUAUGUGGAUGAAGUUGACAUGCCGGGAACUAAGGUGGAUUCUAAACAACGUAUCACGGUGCGAAAUCUGCGCAUACGCGAGGACACAGCGAAAUAUCUGCGCAAUUUGGAUCCAAAUUCAGCGUAUUACGAUCCGAAGACCAGAUCGAUGAGGGAUAAUCCUAAUCCCGAGGCUGCUGAGUCGGAGUACCUGGGCGAGAACUUCGUGCGGUUCACGGGCGACACGCGCGCGCACGCGGCCGCGCAGGCGUUCGCGUGGGGCGCGCGCGGCCGCGGGCUGGACGUGCACCUGCUGGCCGAGCCCACCAAGCUGCAGCUGCUGCAGCGCCAGUACCAGGACAGGAAGGAGCACUUCAAGACGCAGGUAAAACAAUCAGUGCUGGAGAAAUACGGCGGCGAGGAGCAUUUGAAAGCGCCGCCGAAGGAGUUGCUUUUGGCUCAGAGCGAAGUUUUCGUCAGAUACAACAGAGAUGGCACUAGAGUCGAGGGCGGGGAAAAACAGUUGGCCAAGAGUAAAUACGAGGAAGACGUACUAAUAAACAAUCACACCACAGUCUGGGGCUCCUACUGGCGCGACGGUAUUUGGGGCUACAAGUGUUGUCACUCCUUUAUCAAGAUGUCGUACUGCGUCGGCGAAGCUGGAAAGACCGUAGUUCUAGAAGUUCCCGAAGGUAACAAAGCGGCGUCUUCUAAAAACACAGUCACCAAAGAGGAAUCGGUGGAGAAGAAGUCAAAAAAGAAAGCGAAAUCAGACGAAUCUUCAUCGUCAUCAGAAUCAAGUUCGAGCAGCAGUUCUUCAGAUUCCGAACCGGAAAUCCGGUCCAAGACGGAGAAGACUAGCAAAAAGAAGAAGAACAAGAAGAAGGCCAAGAAAAAGAAGAAGAAGGAGCUCAGGAAAGAGAAGAAAGAGGAUAAAUUGAAGAAGGCGCUGGAAAUGGAAGAACGCAGCCAAAAGCGGGCAGAACAUCUCUUAUCAAUGGACGAGAGGAAACGGCCUUACAACAGUAUGGUGGAAGUCAAAGAACCCACGGAUCAGGAGAUGGAGGCUUACAUGAUGAAGAGGAGACGGGAGGAGGACCCGAUGAGUCAGUUCCUCUAAAGUUUUGUAAAUUAAAUUGUAUUUCUAAGGAUCA